GAUGCAUGACAACAAGCAAGCGUGAGCUAUCUUCCUCACACCGUCAGAUAUUGCGUCCUUUGAAUUACUUCACAGAGAACAGUUACUCUAAACUCUGUGGUUAUUGAAUACCCCUACAAUAGUUUAUGUUCCUGAUAAGAUGAACAUUUUCAGAAUAUCAUGGUUCAUAAGGUGUAGAAUCUCAAACCGCGGUCGCAGAACUGAAAGCUAGAGGAAGAUAAAACAUGGAAAAGGGUGUCAAGUUUUUACAGGUGGACUUCAAGGAUAGCAGUAAAUAAUUGCUCGUAUUAAAUACAACUGGUUGGUUAGACUGAAGAAGAAAAGAUAUAGCUAUGACCAUGAAUAGGAGUCAGUCUUGGAAAAAGAUUCCUUCUGGUGAGGCUGAGUUCAAGGAAGAUAAACGUGCUACUUCACAUCCCAACCUCAGCCAUAGCGCUUCUCUAAGUACUGCAGAACUAAGAGCACCACGGUACAGUACUGAGGACUUGAGAAGGAAAAUAGUCAGUUUGAAUAAGGAGCUAGAGGCUGAGAAAGCUUUCGUAAAGCAGUUAAGGAGAGAAAAAUCAAUAGAUUUGAAACACGCUCGAGAAGAAGAGCAAAGACGAGCAGCCAACAUGCAAACUGAACUGAAGUCUAAACUUCACAAGGAGAAGACUAAUGAACUAACCGCUCUUAGAGAACAGAUACACAAAGAUAAGGAAAAAGAAAUCUUACAAAUCAUUAAACAGAAGGAUGAUGAACUAAGGACGGCACAGCAGAGUUGGGGGAAAGAAAAAGAUGAAUUGCGCGGUAAACUACGUGGUGAAAUAUGGAGUGAAGCCAGGGAGGAAUCGAGAAAGGAGUUUGAUCGCGAGAGGACGAGACUUGAGCAAGAAAUCUUGGAUUUAAGAAUGCAGAAAAAAGAGCUUGAAGAAGCUAAUAAAACCCUGCAAGAAUCUGAUAAACGAAAAGCUGAUGAAAUACGGAGGAUAUUCCAUGAACAUGAGAUAGAAUUAGAGAAAUUCAAGCGCAAUUCUUGGCAAGAAAGUAGACGACAAAUGGGUGAGAUGCGACAACUUCUUAACAUCAUAGAACAGUUGGAGCGCAAGCUUGGUAUAGAUUCUGGACACAUCAACAAGUUACGAAUGGAAAAAGAAGGCUUGUAUGAGGAAUUAAGGAAGAAAACUAAUACUUUUGAUGCUUGGGAUAAUAGUAUGUCAUCGUCGAUUAAACCUGACAGUAGUACUAGUGGACCUACCAUACCCUCUCCUAACACUGACCCAAAGUAUCAUGGUGUCAACCAAGAGAUACGAACACUACAAAGAAAGAAUACAGAGCUGAGCUCUUUGGUUAAGAAACUAGAUGAGAAAAACCAGCAACUGGCAACAAAAAAUGCCGAAUUACUAUCAGAGCUUGAGAGAAGCAACAAAGAUGCAAAAGACCAAAAUAAGAAAUUGGAAAAGAAGAACUUGGAAAUAACACAGAACAGCAAGAAGCUGGAAAGCAAGAACAAGGCUCUACAGGACGAGAUCAAUGCUCUAAAAAGAAAACCUGGUUCUACUAGUAGUGGCAAGGAUGUUGGCAGUAAAAAGGCAGUUCGCCCACGUGGUCAAGAUGCAUCACAGACUGAUGGUCCAGAGAUUGCAACACUCAAGCAGCAAAUUAAAGAACAAAGUAAAACUAUUGAGGAACUCAAACAAAACUUAAUGGAAAAAGAAAGGAGAAUAGAUCUACUGAAGCAAAGAAAGAAAAGUGGGAAAAAGCUAAAACUGGGCCGUACCUCUGUGGAUGCUGUGUUACAACAUGAACAUGAUGAUGCUGCAUCAGGAGUUUCUGAUGUCAGUAGUGACGUCUCUGAAAUGUCAUCAACUGAUUCUGGUUCAGAUGCCAGCAAGCUAAAGAAACUAACCAAAGAACUUCUAGCAUUAGAAAGAGCUUAUGCAUUAUUACAAGCACAAGUUGGUGGUACUGUUGACGUAGAACGCGACGAGCUGGAGCGUCAACAGCUGCAGUCUGACCUGAUAGAAAGCCAAACCAGGAUACAUGAACUGGAAAGAAUGAUGGAUAACAAUGCGCAGGGUGGUGUUGAAGAUCUGCAACAGCUACAAUAUGACAACAAGAUUCUUUAUCAAAAGCUUAUUGCUGCAGAGAAUGAAAGAGACAGAGCACUGAAUGACCUAACUAAGAACACUGAGCAUUUGAUAGAUCUUCAAGACAAGAAAGACCUCCUAGAGUUUGAACUAGAGGAGAUGUCUCAGAUGUCUUUUGCUGGUUCAGAAGAUGAGUUUGCUAGUCCACGAAAGAUGAGAGAUAAGGAGGACAGGAAACUGCCAUUGUCUCUUGAAGAAGUGAAAGCUUAUUUAGAAGAAAUGGAGAAUGAGAAGGCUAAUGUUCUCAAUGUCAUGGAGAUAGAAGCUUUGAAACAAGCAAGAAUUAGUCUUACUGCUCUUCCACAGAAAAUCAGCCAUUUAGAAGCGACUGAAGCAGUUCUUAGGUCAAAAGUCAAAGAUCUAGAGGAAAGGAACUUACUAGACAGUCAAGGACCAACAAUGUUCAGACAGUAUGACUCCCACAUGGGGGAGCCAGAGACCCUUAGUGAAGCAUUAGAGCUGGAUGCAGCCAAUAAGGAUCAAAUUGACAGUACUAAAAGCAACACUGACUUUACGUUACUUGACAUUGACAAACACUUCAAAGAAAAGCAAAUGAUAGACAAGGAAUGCGUGACGGAAUUGACUUGCACUCUGCUGUGUGACAUGGAGCGCAUUUAUGAAAAAUUCUUGCUUGACGACAAACAAGAGACUAAAAAUCUUUGCCAAACCCCAAUUAUUACUUUUGAUACAGACAAGAGUGAUGCGGAGUGCAUGACUGAUUUUAUCUGGGAAGAUAUUGUUGAAAUUGAAGAAACAUACCAAGAAUUUCUAACAAAUAUUGAAGGCCUAGAGUUAAAUCUAGCAAAAGCUGGAGUCAAAAUGCUGGAUAAAAGAACCACAACCGACCUGAACUGUGAUGAUAUCAUUGCCUUAGAGAACAAGGGAAAACAGCUGGAGCACCUGCAAGAAACUUUGUCGCGAGAUAAGAAUGUCGAAAAACACGAGCAAGAUAGCAACACUGAUGUCAUGCAGUGUUUUGACAAGGAAAGCAGUACUGAGGUUAUUGAGAAACAUGAGAUUGAAUGUAACACAGAUUUGACUUGCCAUGAUAUGUUAAAAGAACAGGAGAACAGUAGAGCAUUAAUGAUGAAGGUGGAGCAACUGCAAAGUGAACUUUCUAGGAGAGUUUGUAAGAAGAACGAUGUGGAAAUAAUGACAGAUGUCGCAUGGAAAGAUGUGGUAAAGCAGGAAGAACUGUACAAAGAACAGAUCGAGGAAUUACAAGACCUUUUGGUUAUGGAGCAAGAAUUGAGAGAGGCUGACGAGAUGAAACUGAUAGAAUACGAGAUUCUAAAAGAAGCAAAUGCGGCUAAAAAGACUGUAGAAAUAAGUGUCAUGACGGACGAUGUCUGGAUUGAAAAUCCAGCAGAACGAUUAGAAAGGAUGGUUCAAGAUCUUGUUGUAACGACUAAGAGUGAUGCUGUUUGUGAAACAGCAGAUGAAACUAUUGACGAGUUACAGCAUUUUCUGUUUGAAAGGUUGUCAAUUUGUCAGACCGACCAGCAGAUAGGAACAGACGUUACUGGCGAAUAUAUACAAACCCUUCAAACAAGCAAUAUAACUAUUACUUCUGAACUAAUGAGAUUGAGAGAAGUUGUGGAAGAACGAGAAAAAAGACUUGAAAAACUGCAGGAUGAGUUGACAAACACUCUAGUCGGGAAGGAUGAGUUGGAGACAAUGACUGAUCUUAUGAGGGGAGAAUUUGCAGAAAAAGAAGAGAUGUAUCGAAGCCAGAUAGAUGAACUUCAUGAAAGGUUGAGCAUGGAACAAGAAAUAAGACAAGCAGACGAGAUAAAACUCUUGGAAUGCGAAGCUUUAACUGAAAAAGCAAAUAUGGCCCUACUGAAUGAGGACAAGAGCAGCAUGACAGAGAUGGUAUGGAUUGAAGACACGACUAAAGUCUUGGAAAGGACUGCACGAGAAAUUGUUCGUAAGUCCAUGAACAAAGCCAUGGUUGAAGUAGCAAAUGACAUCAUCUAUGGUUUACAGAACAGACUAGUAGUAGCUAAGAGUGAUAAGGAAUCGAUGACAGUUCAAGACACUGCUGAUGACUCUGAUAAAGUUUUGGAAAGGACUGCACGAGAAAUUGUCGAGAAGGCGAUAAACAAAGCCUUAAUGGAAGUAGCAAAUGAUAUCAUCUAUGGUUUACAGAACAGACUAGUAGUAGCUAAGAGUGAUAAGGAAUCGAUGACAGUUCAAGACACUGCUGAGGACACUGAUAAAGUUUUGGAAAGGACUGCACGAGAAAUUGUCGAGAAGGCGAUGAACAAAGCCUUAAUGGAAGUAGCAAAUGAUAUCAUCUGUGAUUUACAGAACAGACCAGUAUUAGCUAAAACUGACCAGGAAACAAUAACAGACAUCUUAGACGAGGAUCUUCAGAACAUUGAGAAGGAUAAUGAGACUAACAUUCUGCAAUUGGCAAAGAUGAGAGACGUUAUUGGACAAAACAAGCUAAUAGUAGGAGAAUUGGAAAACGAGUUAUCUAAUUUGUUUAGCGAGAAGAAAGAGCUGGAAAUUAUGAUCGAGAUGAUUAGAAUAGAUGUUACCAAGAGAGAUCGGCUACAUGAUGAACAAGUUGAAAAACUGCAACAGCAAAUACUAUUUGAACAAGACACGAGAGAAGCGGACAAGAUGAAGCUGACGGAGUACGAGGUUUUACAAGACAAAAUGGAUAAGAUGUGUGAAGACAAAAUUGUCAUGACAGAAAAUAUCUUCAUCGUGGAUCCUGUAGAGAUGUUGGAAAGAAUGGCACAACAGAUGGUUAAAAAGGCCAAGAUUGAAGCUAUCGCUGAAAUUGCAUGUGAAGAUCUUGAAGAUAUCAUUCAAAAUAGCAUCCAGAAGAUGCAAAAGUUGAACGAGUUGGAAAUCGAGUUGUCAAAGAGUGUAAUAGAGAGACAUGAGCUGCAGGCCAAGACCGACGAUUUGAGGGAAGUGUUUUUAACAAGAGAGCGGGUGUACAAAAAUCAGAUUGAGGAGUUGACGCAACAGUUAAUCGUGGAUCGAGAAACGAGAGAGGAGAUGCAAGAGAGGCUUGCUAAAGUAGAUGUUGAGAAAGGCGAAGUGGAAAUCAUGACAGACCUCGUCUGGGAAGACGUGUGCAACCAGGAACAGUUGUACAAGGAACAGAUUAAAGAACUGCAGGAACAAUUGCUUCUGGAACAAGUGAUGAGAGAAGCUGACAAGAUUAAACUCUUGGAAUACGAAGCAUUAAGAGAAUCAAAUUUGGAUAUAGCAGGUGAGGAUAAAAGUGUCAUGGCAGACAAGGUAUGCGUCAACAAUCCUGCAGAAAAUUUAGAUAUCUUUGUACAAGAGAUGGUGAAGAAUGCUACGAAUAAAGCUCUUGUUGAAGUAGCAGAUGAAGAGCUCCAGUACAUAAUGGAGAAUGAAAUCUCAAGGCAAUCGAGAUUCAUAGAGAAUGAACAAAAACUAGACGAUAUGGAAGAGAAGUUAUCAAAAAGUCAAAAUGACCUGCAGAUAAUGGCAGAACGCCUGGAGGAAGAUGUGUCCAUAAGAGAACAACAAGAGCAGUGUUACAAGGACCAAAUCAAUAUGUUGCAAGAGCAAUUGAUUAUGCUACAAGAUUUGAGGGAGUCUGAAAAGAUAAAGUUUAUUGAAUCCGAAGCCUUAAGACAAACAGAAAGAGAUGUGCUAAAAGAGAAAAAGAUUGUCAUGACAGACAAGAGUGGGAUUAAGGAAGCUGCAGACGCGUUGGAGAUGGUGACACAGGAACUUGUUGAGAAGUCUAAGAAUGCAGCCUUGAACGAGGUUUUGAUGGAAGCAGUUACCGAGUUAACAAAGAAGCUGGCUGUUCCUCUAAUUGAUGAGCCUACAUUGACAGACAUGACCUACAAAGAUAUUGAAAACCUUGAAAACGACUAUAGGGAUGUUGUGAUAGAAAUGAUAAAGAUGAAAGAUGCUGUUGAACUGAAAGAACAAACGAUACAAGAACUAGAGGAUGGUAUGAGUAGAUUUUUAUUCGCGAAGGCAGACGUUUGUGUGAUGACCGAGUUGAGUGGUGAAGACAUUGAUGUUCUAGAAAAUCGAUCAAUGAGAGAACAAGUUGAGUGUUCAGUAAAAUGUGACAAAGAUAUUAUGACUGACAUGUCUUGGGUUGAAGUAACACAAGUAGAAGAAAAGUAUGAAGAAUUCCGUGAAAAUAUCCAAGAAAUACAAGAAAAACUUGCUAAAGUAGACGUUGAGAAAGAUGAGGUAGAAAUCAUGACAGACCUUGUCUGGGAAGACUUGUACGACAAGGAACAGAUGUACAAGGAACAGAUUGAAGAACUGCAGGAACAACUGAUUAUGGAGCGAGAAACGAGAGAGGAAUUACAAGAGAAGCUUGCUAAAGUAGAGGUUGAGAAAUGCGAAGUGGAAAUCAUGACAGACCUUGUCUGGGGAGACUUGUCUAACCAGGAACAAAUGUACAAGGAACAGAUUGAAGAACUGCAGGAACAACUGAUUAUGGAGCGAGAAACGAGAGAAGAGCUACAAGAGAAGCUUGCUAAAGUAGACGUUGGUAAAGAUGAGGUAGAAAUCAUGGCAGACCUUGUCUGGGAAGACUUGUGCAACAAGGAGCAGAUGUACAAGGAACAGAUUGAAGAAAUACAGAAACAGAUUGAAGAAAUGCAGAAACAAUUGAUUAUGGAGCGAGAAACGAGAGAAGAGCUACAAGAGAAGCUUGCUAACGAGAACAUUGAGAAAGAUGAGGUAGAAAUCAUGACAGACCUUGUCUGGGAAGACUUGUACAACCAAGAACAACUUUACAAGGAACAGAUUGAAGAACUGCAGGAACAAUUGAUUUUGGAACAAGUGAUGAGAGAAGCUGACAAGAUGAAACUCUUGGAAUACGAAGCAUUAAGAGAAUCAAGUGUGGCCAUACCAGGCGAGGAUAAAAGUGUCAUGACAGACAAGGUAUGGGUUAAGGAAGAAGUCUUACAAUCGGCUGCAGUGGAACUUGUGGAGAAAGCUAAAAAUGAGGCGAUUGUUGAAUUARCAGCUGAAACAGCUGUCCUCGAAGUGGCAAAAGAAGACAAAGAAAAUAURACGGAAUUCUCGUGGAAAGAAAUCGAAUAUCUCGAGAAAACCUAUCGUGAGUGGGUCGAGGAAUUGCGUCAAAUGAAAGAGGACUUACGACAACAACAGCUGGAAAGAAAAGACAAAAGUUGUAUGACGGAAUUACAAACAAGUUCAAUGGAUGCUGAAACGAUGACAGACCUUGAAUGGAGCGAGAUCAUCCAUCUUGAAAACUCUUACAACAGACUGAUACUUGAGCUGCAAGCAUUAAAGGAUGUCAAGGCAAAUGAGGGUAUGAGUGAAGAGAAAACCACGAUGACCGAACUAAAGUGGGAGGACAUAGUAUACCUCGAAACAUCUUACACUGAAAAACUAGUAGAACUUGAAGUAAUCGCUGAGGGAAUAAGAAACGUUGAGUAUGGUGGGUCUAGAGCUGGUGUUGAUAAACAAGCUAUGACAGACCUGACUUGGCAAGACGUUGAGCACCUUGAGAUUUCGUACAAGGAAGAACUUGAGAAACUUGAAGUUCUUGCAAAAUCUUUUAAUGAAACUGAGAAAGAAGCUAUGGAUGAAGAAGUCAUGACAGAAUUGAAGUGGGAUGAAGUGGAAUGUCAGCUAGAAUCGUACAAAAAUCAGAUUGACCUUUUGAAUGGCUUAAUAGCGGAUAACAGAUACCCUGGUGAGAGUUUAUUAACUGAAACCAUGGUUAGUGGAUUAGAGGGCGAAAGUAUGGGUCAGAUACCAUGGUCAAUGGAUAUCGAAACCCUGGAAGACAUUGUGGACCUACAAGAUGAGGAGGAAAGCCUGGAUAUUGACAAUGAAAGGAUGAGGGACACAGAGAGCAUGACGGAUAUGGUAACCAUGGAAACCAGACUAAACAUCUUGGUAGAGCAAAGGAAAGACAAAGAAUGUAUGACUGAAAUGUCCCAUGAAGAUAUCUCUACCAUGGAAGAUGUUGCAAUGAAACUAACUGAACAACAAGACAAAAGUUGUAUGACAGAUUUACUGUUUGACAAUAUCGUAUCUCAAUUAGAACGGUUACGAAAACUAGAAGAACAACUAACUACAGACAACACAGGUAACGAACACAUGACCGCUAAUAUUAGUAGCUGUGACCUUAAACGGGGACAAGACAAAAAAGGACUCGAGCAAGGACAAUAUAACAGAAAAACAGAUGAUGAUGAUGAAGGACAGAAUGCGGACAACACGCUGGAGUCUACCGAACAACCGCGAACCUCGACAAGCUUGAUGGAGUUCCCCUUUAGUGAAGGUCUUGAUGACAGCUUAAGACGAGAGGGUUCAUCGCUGAGUCAAAAUGCUGAUCUUAUUGACCAGUACACCAGCACAGAUAUAACCCUGGAUGAUAUCUCGUACUUUGAAAACCUUGAAGUUAAACACCAUGAAUUGUUGCUGAAGACAAAACAGCAAGAAACAAGGCCUUCAGUGGAUGAGUCUUCAGUUGCCUGGUCUUCAUUGGAUGGUUCUUCAUUGGAUGGGUCUUCAAGCAUGAUUUUAGACAAGAAUGGCAGACCUAUAGGGCUGGGCAAAACAGAUCAAGAAACAAGCACUGACUUAACUCUAGAAGAUCUGAUUAACUUAGAGAAUCUCGAGGUAGAACAUUAUGAGAUGAUGUUAGAGAAGAAGAACAAAAACCAACAGGAAGAAGCAGCAGGCAUCUUUUCUAGAGAUUCAUCAAGUACUGAAGAAGAUAGAACAACUGUUGAUGCCAGAGAAUUUAAGAACUUGAAAAAUAAAUAUGAACAACUUUUAGAGGAGAAAAAGGGUUGGGAAGCUGAAGGAUUAGCACCAGGAAUGUCUACGAUCGAUGUUAGGGAAUAUGAGGAUUUAAAUAACAAAUAUAAUGAACUUCUUUUGGAGAAAGAGCAAUGGGAAGCUGUGCAGAAUGAACAGCGGCUGACUUCUGUGGAUCAAGAAAAUUAUGAGAAUAUAAAAGAACAGUUAAAUGAGCUUCUGAUGGAGAAAGAGCAAUGGGAAGCUGUGCAGAAUGAACAAAGACUGACGUCCGUGGAUCAAGAAGAUUAUGAGAAUAUGAAAGAACAAUUAAAUGAGCUUCUGUUGGAGAAAAGGCAAUGGGAAGCUGUGCAGUCUGAUCGAGAAGACCAUGAGAAUUUGAAAGAAAAAUAUAAAGAAUUGUUAUCAGAGAAAGAGCAGUGGGAAGUUGCGCAAGCUGAAAAGAGACUUACUUCAGUGGAUCAAGAAGAUCAUGAGAAUAUGAAAGAACAAUUAAAUGAGCUUCUGUUGGAGAAAGAGAAAUAUGAAGCUGCGCAAUCUAAAAUGCGACUAGGACCAGAUGAUCAAAAAUAUUAUGAGAAUUUGAAAGAAAAAUAUAGCGAAUUGUUAUCAGAAAAAGAACAUUUGGAAACUGCUCAGUUACAUGGCUCGUUGGACUUGUACGGCAGACAGAAGGCUAAAAGCGAGCUGGGAACAUCCACUGAUCUCACGUUAGAUGACUUAGAAUACUAUGAGAAUUUAGAACUAGAUUAUCGUGAGCUCCAAGAAAGUCACCAGCAGUUGUCUGAACAAUAUGAUGCCAUGAACAGGGAUAAGAACAGUACUAACAAAGCGACAGAGACAGAGAUGAGCCUUGAUGAUAUACAAUCCUUACAGGAUGCUGACAACGAGUACAAGAACCUUCUUCUUACACAACAGGAGGCUCUGUCUCCUGACGAAGGAGUCUCUACAGCCGUCAGUAUGGACCGCCUACAGUACCUAGAAGAGGUUGAGUCAAUUCACAAAAAGUGUGGCUCGAGGAAGAGUGUUCCUGUAGGUACCACGACUGAUUUGAUGCUUGCAGACCUGCACUACAUGGAGGAAGUAGAAGCAGUUCACCAGCAGUGUAUGACAACAGUGGAUAACGAUAUCUCUAGUAGUAGAACAGACACUAGUGAUAUGGGUGUAGGUACUGAGUUAACAGCUCCUGUAUUAGAAUACCUGGAAGAGGUGGCCGUCGCUCAUAAAGAGAUCGUACGAGAGUACGAAGCAUUUAGACAAUCUGUUACAAAGGAGACGGAAGAUGUUAACUUGAUGACUGAAGUCACGGGAAGACAUCUUGACAACCUUGACGAAAUGGCAGCUAAGGGUGAGGAGCUUGAGGAGAUAGUAUCACAGUUGACAGAAGAAAAGAGAAUAAAGAAAGAGAAAAGGCGUGAUUGCGCGCUAAUGACGGAGUUGUCAUUAGAAAACUUAAAAAAUCUCGAGAAGUCGGGUAAUAUUUAUACGGAGUUAAAAGAUCGAGGUAUUUUAUCGCGACUCGAACAACUACAGAAACCUAAACGAAAAUACAGCACGGUAACAGACUUGGUAGUCUCGAGUAUAGAAUAUCUUGAAGAUAUUGAACGGUGGUACAGAGAACAAGAAAGAAUAAGAAACAGUAUGAUAGAAAAGUCAGUAGAAACAGACAUGACACGAUCUGAUCUGAAACGUAUUGAAAACCUUGCAAAUAAUGCUGCAGACACAAAGAAGAGAAUAUCAGAGAAAGUAACAGCACAAACCAGUCAAGAUCUACUUGAAUCGUCAUAUCCUCUGAAAAAUAGAGACAUCAAUGGUCGUCAUGGUGAUACUGGUCGUCAUGGUGAUAGAGGUUGUGAUGGAGACGCAAGGGGUGUUGAUACUGUUGAGAUCGGUAUUCAGUGUGAUUUGAAGGAUCUGUUAUCUCUUAUUCGCGAGCAACACGAGCAAAAUGGUGGCUCUGUCGAUACCAAGUGGUUUAUUUCAGAAUUUAACAAAGCGAGUAAAGAGGGAUUCGAGCCAGUAAAAGUUGUUCUAAGACACGGCGCACGGAAUUCGUCCACCCCUGACGUGACAAGCCGCCGUGACCAAGGCAACAAGAGAUAUUCACUGGAUAGUAAAAGGCAUAGUAGUAAUAUGUCGUUGAAUCUUGAUUACGGGUGGCAGUCUACGUCUAGCUUGGAUAUUAGUGGAUUAGACAGGACACCCUCAAGAGGUUCUGGUUUUGGUAGAUGGGAUUCUCCUCGUGUUCCUCUUGCACAGGAUGAAACAUUUGACCUGUCAGAUAUUGAAAGCGCACCAAGCGAGGAGUCUCUACAUCAUGCAAUGCAAACUAGCGUUGUGGGAGAGAGCGCUGUGACACAGUUUGAUCGAUACGUCAUGGCGAGGAAACAGUCCGAGAAGGAUAUGCUAGCAGAUAUCCGUGAAAACGGUGAUGAAGAAGAUGGGGAACCACACCAACCAAAGAGUAUGGCUGAUCUCCUAAACGAAAAUGAACAACUAAAGAUUAGAAACAUGGAACUGGAACUACUCGUGGCCCAGAAAGGAGAUUUGUCAGACGAUGAACUGCAGCUAUUGAAACAGAAGAUUCAGCAGCUUAGAGAAGCAGAAGAGCAAAUGGAGAAGCUUCACGACUCGAAUACCGCGCUCAAAGAUAGAAUCAACCAGCUACAAGAGGAGAAUCUGCCAUCAGGGGCUACCACGUCAAGAAGUGCGCGAGACAACUGGUCUGAGAUGGAUCCUAGUGAAGGAAGGACAAGACUGUUACUCGUACAAGACUGGGGUCUAGGCGAGUCUGAUCUUGACAGUCUGUUCUCUGCACGUGAAGGAGCUGUGUCUCCAGCUGAAAGCAUCGAAACUAGUGCAUUACGACGACUAAUAGAUGAAUAUACCAAGUCUGACCAUGCAACCCAGGCAGGACCAGCAGCAGGGGUCAGCCAGGAAAUCCAAACCACAGAAGAUCUGGUAAAACUGAUUGACUUGUCAUACGAUGGAACCAUACCAGACCACAUAGCCAAGGAGCUUGAGAAAUUAAAAGCAGAAAAUAAAGAAUUGUACCAGGAGCUGCUGGAGUUGAGAAAACUGAAGCUGGAGAACUCUACAGCAGGAUACCGAGGGUCACGUGACAAAAGACAAGAGGAACCAAUCAGAGCUAGUGUACAGUCAACUGCUGAAACCAAGAAUGACUGGCUUACAAAGUUAGACUCAGGUGAUGGUCGGUCCAGUACACGCCGUGAUGAUCGAAAUAAACCCAAGGUUCCAGUGAAGAAUUUCGAUGAGCUGUUUACCAAGCCUGCUCCAAAACCACAGGGUCCCAAGAGACAGUAUUCCAAUAAAAGGAAGGUAAAGGAACCCGAGGUCCUGUCGUCGAGAUCUCCUCGGGACACCAAGACUGCCGUACAGAGAGGGUUAAGGAGUCUUGACGUCAUGGAUGGUCAACAGGAUGUACGUCAAAGAGCCGAUACUGAUGAUAUCCUUGACUUUGAAUUCGGAGAUGAUUUUCCUCCAGAUUUUGCUCCGCCGCCGGUUCCAUCAGUACCUCCCCCGGAUCUUCCAGAUAACGAGCAAGAUGACAUGGAGUUAGGAACAGAAAAUAUACUUGGAAGUUCCCCUCCGCGUGACUCAAGAGCCUUGCGGGCUGCUUCACGUCAGAAGAACUAUCCCGCGGAAAGAGAAACUGUGAGUGAGCCGGCUAUACAAGCUGAUGAAGAGUCUGGUGUAGAGGGAGAACCUAUACCCGAGAGAACCAAGAUCCCUCCACCCUUACGUACCAACCAGACAAGCCCCCUCCAUAGAGGGACGUCCAGACCACCAGCUACACCCAAAGCUGCUCCUCCACCUACACUACCCAAACCCAAGAUGUCAGGAAGAAGGGUACCAGGUACCCCAAAACAUGGGUUACUCUCCACACCUUUGACUAGAUCACGUGAAUCUCUUACCGAUGAGGAAGCACUUGGCCUGACCCCACGUGGGUAUGUACGUGCUACUGCAUCUGCUAUUAACCAGGGUGAGCUGGAUGCACUGGGAGAAAAGAUUAACUUCCUGGAAAAACAGCUGAAGAACAAAGAAAACGUGAUACGCUCCAUGAAGACUGAAGCAACUGAGCUAGAAAAACAAGCUUUGCUUGAACGCAGAGAACGAGAAAUCAAGAUCUUGGAGGAGGAUGUAUCUUUUCUGAAACAAGAGAAUCAUAAAAAGGAAAAGGAGCUUCUUACUAAGAUUGGAGAGUUGAACAGGAAAAGUUAUGAGGCGGAUCAAUGGAAAGCUGAAGCAAAUAACGCAGAGAAACAGCGAAAACGAAUCGAAGCGUCUUAUUUGAACCUGCAGGCUCAAACGCGUACCUUACAAGGUUCUGACUCGAAGCUCUCUGGAUUACAGUCCAAGUACUCGACGCUGGAAAGAGAAAACAAGCAAUUGAUGGACAAGGUUAAAAACUUGGAAAAGACAGAAAAGGAGUUUAAACAGCUUGAGUACAACAUUUCCGUGUUACAGAAUCAUCUACAGGACAUGGAGAGUGUGGAGAAAGAGCGUGACGACCUGUUGAGGAAACUAAAGAUCGUAGAGGACCAACGGGAUGAUCUGCUGAAGAAAGGACGAAUGGUGGAAUCAGAAAGAAAUGACUUUUUGAGAAAUAACAAGAUAAUGGAAAUGCAGAGAGAUGAACUGGAGCAGAGAUAUGCUAUGGCGCAUAAGAACCAGAUGGAACUGAAAGCUGCGGCUGAUGAGAUGGAAGACAAAAUCCAGGACGCUAAUAACAAGACCUUAGAUGCGCAACACGAACGCAACUUUGUGCAAGCAAAGUACAACAAACUAGAAGAUGAGAAAAACGAACUGGAAAAACGGGUAGCAGGCAUUAUACAGGAAAGAAAUUCACUCGAGACUCGUUUGGCUGAGCUUGAGGAUCGUAGCAGAGAGUAUGUCAAGUUAGAAGAUGGAUUCCAUACUCUUAGAUUAAAGGCUGCUGAAGUGACUCGUCAAAGGGAUGACUUCGAGAUGCAGAUCCCAACCCUCAAGGCCAAAGUGGCUCUUCUCAAAAAAGCAUGUAAGGAAAAGGACGAGUUUAUUGAUAAACUGAAUGACGAGAUACGUGAACUACGACACGCCAUUGCUACAUCAACAUUAGAUGACCUGUCCAAGAUACGAAGCUAUGGAUACAGCCCUGAAAACUUUGUGAAAUAUUCUAGUCAGCGAGAUGGGAACAAAAAAGACAACACCAACGGCCUUAGGGAUGCUGUGGAUUCAAAGCCUCAUUCGAAUGGUCAAAGAAGUCCUAAAUCAAAGUCGAAAAACCCUCCUCCCAAGUUAUUUGUAGCCAUCUUUGAUUACGACCCACAUAAAGCUAGUGUUUCUGGGUGCCCCGAGUCAGAACUAACCCUAAAGGAAGGCGAGGAACUGAUGGUGUAUGGGGACAUGGACUCUAAUGGCUGCUAUGAAGCCGAGUUGAACGGCGUGAGGGGACUGGUACCUGGACUAUACGUUGAAGAAGUAGAGGAUGGUCCUGGUCAAACCUUGGUCAAUGGAACUAAUGAAAAAGAAAAAGAAAGAAUUGCUAAAGGACGGCUGACUAAUGGCCACUGUGAGCCUGAUGCUAUUUCUAGUGGUCGCAGUAGUAUGUCACCACGAUCAUCAUGUCCAGAUACUGAGCUACAAAGACAAUGUUACGUAGCUUUAUACGACUAUAACCCUUACCAGUCCUGUACAACUGGUAGACCUGAAGUAGAGCUACCCUUCAAGAAGGGUGAUAUAAUGACCGUGAUAGGAGAUAUGGAUAUCAGUGGAUACUAUAAGGCAGAGAUGGAUGGUCAAAUUGGACUGGUCCCGUCUAACUUUGUAGAAGAUGUCACUUCUUCAUCUUUUCUUCAACCCACGAGUAGUACUGCCCCAGAACAAAUUCUUGGGAUGUUAGAUAACAUAAAGGUUCCUUCACCGCAAAGAACAGGAACGUCACUACCUAUGUCAGUUUUACCCAACACUGAACCAAGGUUCUCAAGCCAACCCACAAUAACCAGUAUAGCACCUUCAGGUCACUUGGUUCAACCGGUUCCCAUGGUGUCCAUGGUAUCACCAAGAAGAGAGCAGCUGAUUCAACCGAUAUUUACACCCUAUAUGUCACCUGCAGAAGUACACAAGCUAGCUGCACCAAUCAGCAACACUUCUCCUAGCAAACCACGUGCAUCACAGCGAUCACCAAGGCAACAGUCAUCACCUAGGUCACGUGGGAUCACCUCACAGCUCUCACCUUCCAAACACCCUAUAUCAUCACAACCUUUGACAUCACCACCUCAAAUAACCUCACAAGUACAACGUAGUUCAGUACAACCUGUCAAUAAACCCAAACCCCGUCAAUCAAAGGCUCUGGUGACUAGUCCCCAGUCUGUUGGUCAUCGAGGUCCUCCAGGUCCUCCUUCAAGUCUUCGUGUUAUACGACCUGUCAACCAUGACGCUAUUUUGCUGGGCUGGAGUCUUCCUGAUAUGGAUGAGUUUGGUAGAAGUAACGGGGUGGCUGUCAAGGGUUACAAGAUAUACGAAAAUGGCGACUACAAGUUGGAUGUCCGGAGUCAAUUUAUGACCAAAGCGUUGGUAGACGACCUUGAUCUUCGGUAUCCCAUACGGUUUACAAUCCGUACUAUAGGAUCUGAUGGUUCUCAUUCUAGUGACGUAUCUACGACCUUUACUGAUACUAUCAAUAACACUAGGAUGCCUGUUUCCAAGGCCAUUGAGGAUACUGUGGGUAACAACAAACAAAUGCGCAUUUUCGUGGCCCUCUACGAUUAUGACCCCUUGAAAAGUUCUCCAAACUCCAAUCCUCAGUAUGAACUGAAGUUUAAUGAAGGAGAUAUACUGCGAGUAGAAGAUACUUCCAGAAAAGAUGGAUUCUAUUUUGGUUCUUUGAAUGAUAAAAAAGGUCUUAUUCCAUCGAACUUUGUAGAAGAAGUUGCGGUUGCCAACGCCCUGGGUCCACCAUCGCCUACACGCAAGGGUGGUUCUCAAGCCAUCAACGAUGGCAACAUAAAUGGAACAUCAUCACCCAAUCCUACUCCUCGACACAGAAAGAAAAUGAUAGCAUUAUACGACUACAACCCAAACGAGCAGUCUCCUCUAGAUAACCCUCAUAAUCAACUCUCUUUUCGAAAAGGACAACAAAUAACGAUAACUGGUACCAUGAAUAAAGACGGGUAUUACAACGCGGAAAUUAAUGGCCGUAAAGGACUGGUACCUGCAAGUUUUCUUGAAAGUACUGAUGAUAUCUCGCCUGGCGCCAACAAGAAAUUCAGAAGUUGACACACCCUUAACUGGAGCUGUAGCUAUUGCAAUGUUGAAAAAGCCAUUUAAACUUAUUUAUUCCUAUUUUUAAUUUAUUAAAAUCAAAUUAUUUAAUGCUGUACUUUUUAGCUGCAGUCCGCUACAGAUUUGGUAUACGAAACAACCAAGAUGCAAUAUAUUACAAGGUUAAAGACAUUGUAUAGUGUAUAUAUAGAAGAGAGAUAUUAUUAGAGUCUAUUACUAUAUAUAGAUUAAUAUGUUACUUGUUAUUUUAAUUUUCUUUGACACAGGCAGCCCAGUGUAUUUUAAUGCAAGUCGUAUAGACUUGAUGUAGUAUUUCCAGGUUUUGAGUUAGAUUUACUUCUCAUUUUAUCUUUUUUGUUACGGUGUUUUUUAUUGAAUUAUUUA